UAUAAUCGAUUAUUGUUAUUUAAAUGUCAGUGUACUAUUAUUAAUAAUGUUAUAUUAAUAGAGUAUAUUAGUAUUUAAAUAGUAAUAGUAUUUAAAUAUUAAUAUUGUAGUAUAUUUAUAUAAUAAUAUUUAAAUGCUAUUGUUGUUUAAAUUGUAUCCUUUGCAAAUACCAUAAAAAAUCGAUAAUAUUUAUAUAAAUCUUUUAGAGAUAAUAUCGAUAUUUAAAUAACGAUUAUCUUUUUUCUUUCUUUUUUGUUUCUAUGUCAUAGUUAUUUUAUUAGAAGGAAAGAUAAAAAUAUCUUUUACAUAUAAAUUUAUGAAGAUAGUUGUAAUAAAGAAGAAAAGAUAUUCAAAAAGGCUUAUCUAAAAGGUGUGUAUAUGUGAUCGUAUUCUUGUAGAGAAUUAUCCAGCUAAGAGAAAAAAAAGACAUAACAAAAAGUUGGUCAAUCAAAAGUUUCUUUCUGUUCUAGCUGUUUCGUCUCUCUCUCUCUCUCUUUCUCUCUCUCUCUCUCUCUCUCUCUCUCUCUCAAAUUCCGUUAAAAAAUAAAUAAAUAAAUAAGAAAAUAAAUAAAUAAAUAAGAAAAAAUCGAAAGUUUCGCGCGUUUUAAGCCUUCUUCGAUGGCACACAGCACUUACACACGUGUAUAUGUAUGUAUAUAUAUGUGUGUAUGUAUAUAUAUAUAUGUAUAUAUGUAUACAUACACAUAUACAUAUAUGCGUGCUCGUGCAUGCGUAUAUAUAAAUGAAAGCGAAAGAUAUUUCUCGUUGAAUCGUAUCGUGGUGUAGAUAUAUAUCGGGUAGUAUAAGAGAGAAAGAGUGUGAGAGAGAGAGAGAGAGGAAGAAUUUAAAAGUCUGGCAUACAAGAAUGAAUUAAUUUUUGUUUGUUUUUUUUUCUUUUUUUUUCGAGACGAGAGGGAGAAUUUCGAACGGGAAUCUCUCAUUAUAGAGGGAGGGACGAGUCUCUCUCUUUCAUCGUCGAUUAAUUAAGAAAGAUUCCUCCGCUCGUCUCUACGAGCUCACAUACGAUCGUAAUCCAAAUUAUUAUUAUUAAUAUUAUUAUUAUUAAUAUUAUUAUUAUUAUUAUUUUUGUUCAUAUAUAUAUUUAAAUAUAUAUAUAUAUAUAUAUUCACAAUAUUUCUUCCUUUAUAUCGUCGUCGUCGUAAUUGGCAUGAGCAAGAAAUAACGUUACGUGUAUUUCGUAUUUUAGAUUUGUACGUAUACAGGGUGAAUCGUUUAACGUGAUUAAUUAAAAAUUCGAUUACUUAGGAUAUUUUUAUUGAAGACGAUUUUUUUUGGACAAUUUGUCGAAAAGAAAGCAACGAACAAAAAGAUAUUUCUGUAGAAGUGAUUCUUCAAGUGAAUUCGAUCAUUCGAUUAUAUAAAUAUAUAUUUUAUUUUCUCCAUGUUCUUUUAUUUUAUUCUGAUAAUCUAAUCUUACGAUUCACCCUGUAUACUUAUACAGGGUGAUGCAUUUGAAUUGGAAUAUUCCUGAAUGGAAUUACUUUAUACGCGUAUGAUUGUUACGAACGUAAAUUUUUUUGAUGUUCUCAUUUAUAUGUUACACCCUGUAUCGUGUAAUGUGAGAAAAAUAAUGGUUGCAAAAUGAAAUAGUUUUUUCUUCGCUGAAAUUUAAGACGAAAUCGUUCGACUUGUUCGGAAAGAAUAAUAAAUAAUAAUAUUUCUAAUAAGAUCGAUGUUUCUAACGAAGCAUCGUUUGUUCGUUUGUUUGAUUUAUUUUCAUCAUAUCAGCGAAUAAAAAUUUAUUUUUUGACGAACGAUAAUUCUCGAUUUACCCUGUACAUAUAUGUAUAUAUUUUGAGAAGAGUAUUAAUCGUCAACGUACAAUACGUGUUCCAUCUUCCUACGAGAUUGUCUUUUCAAGAAUGAGAAAGAUAUGCGUGAAAUAUAUGUAAACGUAAUCAUAUAUAGAUAACAUUUCGAAACCCUUUCGAAAUCCUUCUCCUUCUCGCGCGAUCCAAAAACAUUUUAUGCGCACAAAAACAAAAAGAAAUAAAUAAUUGUGCGAGGAGACUCGUCCUUAAUAUAAAUUUUGUACUUUUUUAUGAUUUUUCGAGGAGAUCUUAGUAAGCUACAUAGAGAUUCAAAUAGAUAUAAUAUACACGUAUACGUAUAUACAUGUAUAAUUACAUACAUAAACGGGUGUGUGUAGGUGUGUAUAUAUAUAUAUAUAUUAUAUAUAUGUAUAUAUUAUAUGACAAAUAUAUAGAUUGUCUACCAUGAAAUGCCCGCAUCCUUUAUUGUUUUUCGUAACAAGAUUCUGACAUUUCAUUGUAAACACAUUUUGUAUAUAUAAAAACACACAAAACACGCACACGGAUAUAUAUGUACAUUAAAAUAUUCGUAAUCUCGAUUCUUUCGAUUCUUUGGAAGAAUAAACGUCGUUAAUCGCGUUCCAUCGGAUGAUUAAACGUAAUUGCGUUCGAGGUUUAAUAUACUUGGAAAAGUGUAUAUAAGUAUCUGUUGUUGAACUUUUUCUUUUUGUAAAAGUGUCAACCUAACGCAUCGAUGUAGACAAAAUACGUUUAGAGUUUAUUCUAAUGGAGCCGAGAUUACGAUGCGUAAAAAUUAGAAAAAAAAGAGAAAUAAUAAGAAGAAAAAAAGAAAUGGAAACACAAAUAUGACCAUCCUCCCUCUCGUAGUUUACUUGCGGUUUUUAUACUUUAUGUACAAGUCUCGGUACAUAAUGUUUUUUAACUAGUUCCGCGUAAUAGAUUCAAACAUCUUUAUUGUUUCAUUCAUAGUAAUCAUUUUAGAUGAAAGAUAUUUGUACGGUUGCAAAGAUACAUAAAAAAGAAAAAAAAGAAACAAACGAGACCUUCGAUAAGUAAACGUCUAAAACGUGUAUGCGCGCGUGUGUGUGUGUAUGAGAGAGAGAGAGAGAGAGCGAAAGAAAGAGAGAGAAAGAAAGAAUAUGUUGAUUAGAUUAUUACAUUCUCGAAAUUCCGGUCUGUAGAUAUCGACGAAUAACGAUUAACGACAAAGAACGGUCCAAAACGAGAUUAGAAAAUUUCUUCAAUAAAUUCGUGCCAUCGAAGAGUGUGCAAUACCUGUUUAUUUUAUUUUAUUUUAUUUUAUUUUAUUUUUUAAUUAUUAUGAUUUUUUUUUCUUAACCCAACGUAAGUACAUUCGGCAAUAUACAGAGAGCGAGUGAUAUUUUUUAUUCAUAAACGAGCACAUGUAUGAAAGGUACGUUGAAUUAGAAAAAAAUCGAAUACUCCGAUUAAAUAUAUAUUAGAAUUAUUAGAAUAGAAGAAACGACGAGUUUUCUUCGAUGCUUUACACGCAUACAAACACACACACAUCCCAUACACAUACAUAUUCGAUUUUCUUUAUUCCACGUAUUUUUUUUCAAAUGAUGUACAUAUAACGCGUUUAUGGAUUGAAACGAUUCCGCUCUUUCAUACGAAUAUAUAAGAACGUUCGCGAAAUACAUAUAUAUAUAUAUAUAUAUAGUAUAUAUAUAUAUAGUAUAUAUUGAUAGAGUCCUCGGUAAAGUCUAGCGCAAAUUGUGAUCGAUAAACAAGAGUCAAGUUUUUCGCUCCCGUUCACGUUGCGUACGAGUCCGGAAAAAUAUCGGAUCGGAAUCGUGCGCUGGAAUUUCGCGGGUCGAGAAAAGAUUCGAUAUAAGGUCGAUGAUCGAUAAUAAUAUCGAUCUCGUUAGAACCGGUUACGCGCGAUACGCGAAUUCUCUCUGUAAUUAAUUAAUUAAUUAAUUAAUUAAUUAAAAAUUAUGAUGAUCAUUGUAAACUUCGAAAAUGGGCUGUAAAACUCGCGACUAAAUCUCCCAUUCAUUCUCUACAAGAUUCGCAUAUUAAUUAUCAAACAUAAUUGUAGGUAUCUAUACGAAGUAUAGCAUUCAAUAGCGUAAACAGUAAUGAUGAAGUAAUUAAAUAAAUGUCAUAUACCCUAUCAA